AUGGAGCUGGCGAUGGAGAACCUGGGCAGCCUGCACGGCGUCCCGCACACCCAGCCCGCCGAGCUGCUGAGCCCGGCCCACGGGCGUCAAGGCUCGCACCGCAACCUGGUCCCGCACGGCCGACCCGCCAUGGUUUCGGGCAUGGCCUCCAUCCUGGAGGGGGGAGAUUACCGCGCCGAGCACAGCCUGGCCGCCCCGCUGCACCCCGCCAUGAGCAUGUCCUGCGAGUCCCCCUCCGGCAUGAGCCUCAGCAGCACCUACACCACGCUCACCCCCCUCCAGCACCUGCCGCCCAUCUCCACCGUCUCGGAGAAGUUCCACCACCCGCACCAUCACCACCACCACCACCACCCGCACCAGCGCCUGGCCGGCAACGUGAGCGGCAGCUUCACCCUCAUGCGAGACGAGAGGAGCUUGGCCUCCAUGGGCAACCUCUACAGCCACUACCCCAAGGACAUGCCGGCCAUGGGGCAGCCCCUCUCGCCUCUCCCCAACGGGCUGGGCAGCCUGCACAACGCCCAGCAGCCGCUGGCCCCCUACGGUCCGGGGGGCCACUUGCCCAACGAGAAGAUGCUCUCGCCCAACGGCUUCGAUUCGCACGCCGCGAUGCUGUCCCGGGGCGAGGAGCACUUGGCGCGGGGGUUGGCGGCCCCCAGCUCGGCCAUGAUGCCACCUCUCAACGGGAUGCACCCUCACGGCCACCCGCACGCCCAGCCCGGCGGUUCCCUCCUGGGCGAACGGGAACGUCAGGCCUCGGCCACCGGUUCCCAACCCGGUGGCUCCGGGCAGGUGGAGGAGAUCAACACCAAGGAGGUGGCUCAGAGGAUCACGGCCGAGCUGAAGCGUUACAGCAUCCCGCAGGCCAUCUUCGCCCAGAGGAUCUUGUGCCGCUCCCAGGGGACCCUCUCGGACCUGCUGCGGAACCCCAAGCCCUGGAGUAAGCUCAAGUCGGGCCGGGAGACUUUCCGGAGGAUGUGGAAAUGGUUGCAGGAGCCGGAAUUUCAGAGGAUGUCGGCGCUCAGGCUGGCAGCUUGCAAACGCAAAGAGCAAGAGCAGCAGAAAGACAGGAGCCUGCAGCCCAAGAAGCAGCGGCUGGUCUUCACGGACCUCCAGCGCCGCACCCUGAUCGCCAUCUUCAAGGAGAACAAGCGCCCAUCCAAGGAGAUGCAGAUGACCAUCUCGCAGCAGCUGGGCUUGGAGCUCAACACCGUCAGCAACUUCUUCAUGAACGCCCGCCGGCGGUGUAUGAACCGCUGGCAGGAGGAGCCAGGCACCAACCCCGGAGUCCCCUCUUCUUCUACAAGCACUUUCUCCAAAGCAUGAUGUCCCCCAGCCUUCCCUGCCCCUUCCCGGACAUCCUUCUCAUGACAAAGCCAACCCCAGACUCACACGCAUGUCCUGAGCCGACCGGGCUGGGUGCUUUUGGAUGCUGUGGGUCCAUCAGCCUCCCAAACCCUCAGCCGGGCAUCA